UCUGCCUUGCGGGGGCAGCAUAGGCACAUGGCUCUGGAUAAUGGACGACCGAGAGUUGCGGAGUGUCCAGCUAAAGAGAAGUGAAUCAUUCGGAUUUGGAAUCUCGGUUUUUGGUGGUUCUGGACUGGGACUUCCCCCCGUCAUCUACGAUGUGGCCGACAACUCACCGGCGGCCUUCAGCGGUCAGAUAAGCUACAUGGUGCGCAACUCUCGCGGUUCCGUGCAGUCAGAGCCAUAUGAAGAAACCGAUACUUGCAUAUAUUGUUACGAGGACUGUGAGCACGCAAGGAAGCUCGAAGCUGGCGACGUCAUUGUCGAGGUCAACGACACCCCCGUGGUCAGCUUCACCACCAAAGAAGUACUCAAAUGCCUGAGGCUGGCCAACGAUGUGGUGACACUAAAAAUAAAGAAAGACCCUGCCAUCCAGGAGCGCGUGCGACGCCAGAUGAUGGCGGCCGCGUCGGGUGAGCGGCUCAAGUCGCCGUCGCCGGCGUCAGGCGAUCCUGGCGCGGCGACACCGCGGCAGAACGGCACCAGCGCGGCCGGGCAGCACGCGGCGUCUGACGAAGCCGGCGGCGACGAGAGCGUGGCCACCACCUCGUCCACGUCGUCAUCCUCGGCGGUGGCACGCAAAUGCGAGCUGUUCACCAUGACGGGCGACCUGAUCAUCACCAAGGCGAGCAGUACCAAAACGCCUGCGACGCGCACCCAGUCUACGCCGGCGAGCCCUGGGGGCGACCCGCAGCGAGGCACCAAACGAGAGGCGUCCUCGCUGCAGAGCCCCGUGGCCGAGAAGAAGGGCUCGUUUGGCGUGCGCACCUCGCGCAGCGACGACCACUUGGGCAAGGCGCGCGGCACAGUGGCCGCCGUCAGCAUCGACAUCGACGACGACGAAAUGGCCUCGUCGCUCAACACGCUGCUCGACACCAAGGACGACCCGCGCGUGCUCUGGACGUACAACGCCGGCAGCGGCUCGUCGGAGGACAACACGGCCACCACCGGCAGCGCGUCUUCCUCCUCGGGCCGGCGCGAGGACAACCUCAGCGAACUCGAGUGCUGCACGUCCGAGAUGGCGUCCGCGUUCGGCUCCGAGGAAGCGGACCGCGUUCAUGCCAGCGAGCUGGACCUCAGCUCGCCCAGCCAGCUGUCGCCAGAGAACGAGGACGGUUUCUCGCGGGAGGAAGACUGGGUCGCCGAGCCGGACCUGAGCGAGUCGCAGUUCCGCCACCCGGCCCUGUUCGACUCGUCGCUGCGCGCGGCCGCCCGAGGCGGGUCACGCAGGAUGCAACACUCGCGUUCCAACGGCUCCACCGCGUCGCGCACCGACGCCUCGGAGACGCUCGAGCUGGACUCUCCGCCCUCGGCCCACUCCGGCGGCACGCUCGAGGAGGAGCUGGCCCAGCAGGACGACGCCGCGGCCGCCACGGAUGAGGAGUCCGACGCCGAGUCUCUGCGCAGCUUCCACUACAGCCCCAAGGCAGUGGACAUGCCGUCCGCGUCGCGGCUCGCCAAGAGGCUCUACAACCUCGAGGGCUUCAAGAAAUCCGAUGUGUCCAGGCACCUGAGCAAAAACAACGAGUUUGCGCGGGUGGUGGCGGAGGAGUACCUGCGCUUCUUCGACUUCACCGGGCGGCCCCUGGACGCGGCGCUUCGCAUGUUCCUGCACCGGUUCUGCCUCAUCGGCGAAACUCAGGAGCGCGAGCGUGUCCUGGUCCACUUCUCCAAGCGCUACCUCGAUUGCAACCCUGGCGCCUUCAAGUCUCAAGAUGCUGUGCACACACUCACAUGCGCACUAAUGCUCUUGAACACUGACCUUCAUAGCGAGAAUGUUGGCCACAAGAUGACCUGCCUCGAGUUUAUUGAGAAUCUGGCUGAGCUGAAUGAGGGUGAGAACUUCCCCAAAGAAGUGCUCAAGGCUCUCUACCUGUCCAUCAAGACGGCACCGCUUGAGUGGGCUGUUGACGACUCUGAACAGGAAGGACCAGCGCAAGAUAAUCACACAAAUUCAACAGAAGCAAGGCCAACAGGAUUUAUUGGACACAAUCCUUUCCUUGAAGUUCCCAAUCCAAAUUGUGCCACUGAAUACAAGAAGGGCUAUGUAAUGCGCAAGUGCUGUUUAGAUCCAGGUGGAAAAAGAACUCCUCUUGGAAAACGUGGAUGGAAAAUGUUCUGUGCAACGUUACGUGACCUUGUGCUCUAUUUACAUAAGGAUGAGCAGGGGUUUAGGAAAAACCAGUUGUACGAAAGUUUGCACAAUUCUAUCAGAAUUCACCACUCUUUGUCGGCAAAGGCAACAGACUACACGAAGAAGCAGCACGUCUUCAGGUUACAAACGGCGGAUCAAGCAGAGUACCUCUUUCAAACUGGAGAUGCCAAAGAGUUACAAAGCUGGGUUGACACUCUCAAUUUUGUGACAGCCAGUUUGUCGGCACCUCCUCUUGCCGGUGCAGUGGGCAGCCAGAAGAGGUUCCAGAGGCCUCUGCUUCCUGUUAGCCAUACCAAGUUCAACCUGAGAGAGCAAUUGACUGAUCACGAGAAUCGCAUUGUGUGGCUCGAGAAGGAGCUUGAGGAACAUGUUGCUAAUGCUCCAGAGAAAGGUGCCAAGUCUAGAACUGUUGCCGAGUUUGUUGAGAAGGAGUCUUUCCUGCAGAGUGAGCUCAAGCGAUACCGCACCUACGCCUACCUGCUGCGCUCCAAGAUGGCGCAGUAUCCUGAGCUUGUGCCAGCACUCGUCGAGACAAGCAUUGGUGAAGUGGAUGAGCCAGAGCAGAACCAUGGUGGCAGCCAUGGCUGUGCCAACAACCCACCACCACCACCAUCACCAUCUCGGACUAAGCAGCCCUCCCAUAAGGCUCUGCCUAGCUCUCCUGCACUUGGCUCACCUUCAUCCGCAUUUUCUGCACCAGCAGUGGCCAGUUCAUGUUCUCCCCGUAGCUCCCCAACGGCUGCGCGAAACAAGCGAAUAGCGCAGGAUCGGUACAGCUACCGAACAGCAGUACAGAAGGGCGGUGACCUAGGCACAUAAGGUGCUGUGAAUCGCCUAACUUCUACCACGUGGCUAGAGCAUACAGAAAAAGCGAUAUUCAAUCGAAUAAAUAGGACCAGGUGCACAUAACCAGCCUGUAGUAGGCUUUACAGUUAGCAUCAUAAGAGGCCACAAUCAUCGGCUAAAUCUCAAGCGAACAGCACUGCUGGCCAGAUUUUCUGUAAGCUUAGAAAGCUGGUUUUCAAAGAAGCUGCUACAGGUUGGAGGUGCUGUACCUCAAGAAUUACAAAAGAAACACACUCUGUACAUUACUAAUUUUGUGUGCUGCACAUCUGAGGCACGUUGAAAAAGCUGAAUGAUCAGGUUUACUUCCAGCUUUUUUGUAGCUUUUCUUCUUGUUAUUUAUAUAGGAUCUUUCUGUUCUUUUGAAAGAUUUUAUUUUAUGGCACAUAUGCACUCAUUAUGUGUAUGAAUGAAUGUUGUUUGGAGGAUUCUUUUAUUUAGCAUUAUUGUUUUUGAAAAAGAGUUUUGGGGGGCACUCACUGGUGUUAAUAACUGUACAUAGUAUUUUAUACAUAGAACAUGUUUAUAGUGAGUGCUAUAUUUAAGGUCAAAUCAUGCCAAACUAUGAGUGCAACUCUCUUUAGUAAAACAAUUUUCUCCUCCUUGUAUACUCUAUACCUGUAGCAUGGAAUUACAGGUAUAAUGAAAGAAUCAUCUUGAAAUGCAAAAUCGGAAGACAGGCAAAUGUCAAAUGGUCAUAUACUUGUUCGAAGCUAACCAGUAGUGUGGCAAUGCACAUGAUGUUUAUUGGCUUCUUUUCUCUUUUUCUUUCUUUCUUUCUUUCUUUGCCUUUGCUUACAUUUAGUGUGCAAUGCGACCUCAUUCCAGGAGACAAUUAAAAGGCCUUUUAGAAAGGCGAACAGGGAACUUGAUGAUUGGGACCAACUUUAGGCUCGUACACAAGUGACCAGGGUCACAUAGCACCAAGCUUUUAAGUUGGUGCAUGGCAAGUGUCUCUACACAGUGGCUUGUGUUUUUAAAAUUCGCUCUGAUCACUUGGAAGCUUUGAAAUAUGUAUCACCUAAUCUACAGAGGUCAUGACAUUGAGAAGCAUGUUGAGGGACCCUUAACUUAUGCAUUUUGUGAUCACACACUACUGAUUUUGCAUCUUUCAUAGGAAUAUCAAUUUGAAUCUAACAAGCUGCUUUUUGCUUGCUUUUCUGCGUUCUUUUUAGGUUAUGAAAUGUGAGAUUGAUGGUAACAUUUAGCCAUCUUUUAUACUUAAACUUUUUGCCACUUUUAAGGUAAUGAUCAAGAUAGAAAACAAGAUUCCCACUGGUAUCUUUUUUUUUUUUUUGUGCCAGUAUUGCCAAGCAAUGAUAUAAAUCAAGUGCUGCAUGCCUAGACUCUUUAAGGGAGUGUGCCUUGAGCAUUGUAUACCUCGAAAGAUGGGAGAAUGUUCUGUCAGAUUUUAGCACCAACAUUGUGGAAUGAUGCAUCAUUUUACACUCAUGCUCAAAGUGCUUAGUAGGACAUUCUAUGAGCCUAUGUUUAAUCUAAGCUUUUGGGAUCGUUGGUUCAAUAUUAGCAUGCUUUGCACUUUCUUCAUACUGUUUCUUUUUUGCUACCAUAAUUUCCUUUCUUUAUUUGAUACUCAUGCCUAAAGUUAAAAAGUCUGCAGCAGCUGUGAAUUUGGGGAUGCCAGAUUUCGACCAACAAUAGUGCAAACUUGGGUAACUUCAUUCCUGCACCACCAAGACUUGAAGGAGCCCUGCAACACUUUUUGAACAUGGUCAGAAAUGGAAAGGUGUUGCAGGGCCCCUUUAAGGAAAAACGAGCACAGUGUCAAUGCCAUGAUUUCUUAGUUUUCUUUACUGCCCAGAGCUUUGUGUGAAAAAUACUAUGUGUGCUUAGAUAAAUGUGUUUAAUUACUAUAAUUGCGGUGCCGCAAAACUGAAAGAUGACGGACAAGGUCAACAAGGACAAGUGCACUCCUUAUUACUCAAAAACCCGAUGUUCCUUUCUUUCAGGUGCAUAGCUAGCAAAAAUGAUUCUUGCAGUUGCUACUUGGCCGGUACCUUUGGAAACACCCGAAAUCAUUCUAGUUGGUUUAUUUGUGUAUCACGGAACUCGUGUAUCAAGUAAUAAGUUUCGUGGACGGUAGCUACUCAAUUGGUGGUGUAUCUUCAAUCAAUGUUGAAGGUUUGUUCAGUUUCCACAAAGAGCUUUUUUUAAGGUGAUGCAUUUGUGCAUUGAGGCAAAUGGGUAUGUUGCAUUUCAGAAUAAGGCUGGCCUUUGCGCUGGUAACUUUUUAGUUUUAUUAGUGUUUUAUUUUGAUACGACUGUAGUCUCCUUUGAGUUGGCUGUUUUUACAGAAGCAAGGUAUUUGCAUCAGAUCAUGUGUGGCGCCAGUUUUAAGUGACUUUUUUUUUUGCCAGCUCUGAUGUUAGUUUGGAAGUUAUAGAUAGGGGCUGCAAGGUAUUAAGCAUCUUUAUGCUGAUAAUUUUUUAAAAUUGUGUUUAUGAAAAAGCCCAAUGUAUUGUUUCAGCACUGUGUGCUCGAUGUUUUAACUGUCUUUAAAGAACUCAAAAAAGGGCUUAAUCUUACAUUUGAGGCUCCUGUCGGGCUUCAAUUUUUAGGCAUCUACAUGAAUGUUUAUGACAACCACGUUUGUUUAAUGUACCGUCCUCAUGCACACAAGGAAUUUGUUCCCUUUGCCUUUGCCCAUUCCAGAAUGGUAAAAAAAGUGAUCACAUCUGCGAGUUUGGAAUAGGCACUAAAGAAACUUCGUUUUUACACUGUGCAAGCCAGUUUUGACAUGCAAGUUCCCUGCUACAUUGCAGCUGGCUUUCGACACCAUUUAAAUUGUCUAGCAUUUGUAGGCACAUAAUGAAAGAUGACAUACAUAAAUAUGGCUGUGAAAAGAAGCCCGCUAACUUCAUAGGUAUAACGGCAUGAACAAGAGACACGAAAACCAGGCAGAAAACGGGACAGAAUGUUGACUUCAGCUAACCUAAGCCUGCUAAGUCUUUUGUAGAGUACUCUGUGGGAGUCUUUUAUCAGAUUCUGUUAAGCUAUAGCAAGGUAUAGAUCGGCCAAACUGGCUGAUGUAUUAACGAUUGCUUCUGAAGUCUCUGAAGAAUAAAAUCAGGUCGCACCUUCUGCUUCACUGUAAACCUUGCCUGUGUGAAACCAUGAUAUCUUUGACUAGGAUCCUGAGACGGAGUGAUGAUACUGUUGCACAAGAGUUGGUUAAGGCGCAUUUUUUAAAAAGAAAAGAAAAGCAAGUCAUGUAUAAGUGAGCCUUCUGUUGUGUUGAAAAAAAUUAUUUUGCCUUUUUGGGAGAUCAGUUUCGAUUGUGCCUUUUGCACACGUGCUGAAUGCCUAAAUAUCCAGAGCCGUUUUUCUGGAAAUAAAUCAGUUGGAAGUGUGUGCCUGUCCAUGUUGACCUCAUCUGUCAUCUUUUGCUGUGCUGCAGUUCUAGUAAUUAAUCGCGUAUCCGCUAGCCCAGCAAUGCAUUUUAUUGGACAUGUAUAUGUAUUUGACUGCACUUGCACUUAAAAGUGGCAGUGGUACAUGCAACUGUUCGGAUCAAAUUCACAGCUGCAGUUUUCACUAGGAGCACAGCAGUUCUCUCUCUCGUUAUUCAACAGAUUGCUUGCAGUGUAAGGAAUGAGACAAGACUUUUAAUUUUCUAUGGCUGUGUGGCAGUGAGUGGCUGCUUGUGCUUUGCCACUUCUGUGCUUAUUGUGUUUUAUGUUUCACACUACGCCAUUUUGCUGUGCCAUAUGAGCAUAAAUUGUGCUGUGCACAGGCAAUAACUAGCUUGGCAUCAUGCCAGCAGUGCCAGUAAGGCAGAAAGACUGUGUUCCUGCCGAUACCCUGUAGUGCCCCCUCUCCCUUGCAUGUUUUCAAGGCUUGUCUCACCUACUGUCAACUGGCAAGAAAAGCCAGAGACUCAUUGCAAUCAGUGUGGACGAGUUUUUCCCGACUAGUCAUCAAUCAAUGCCUGUUCAUGCAUCGAAUGCUUAGCAUAUGUCACUGUCUUUGUUUAUGGAGGAGAUUCAGCAUAAUGGCAUGUAUUAGGAGACUAACUAGUUCCACAGGGAGUGGAGAUGGUUGUCAGUGUUGUUCAACAAUGAGGAACGUGAAAUAAUUGAAGUGCAAACGAAAAUAUGACCAUAAAAAUAUGUGAGAAGCGAGCUGUGAAUUUAUAGAUAUAUGCUGCUGAUUAGAUGAGUCGCAGAAAAUUAGAAUAUCUAGUUUGUAUGAGCUGGGACGCUCAAAUGGACGACUGCUUUGUUUUUACGAACAGGUUGCAAGUGACUUGUAGUACAUGAUGUCAUCACUCUAUAUGUUAACAGUUUGUUGUUGGCUAAGCAUGCAGCUGUGGGGCAUCAUUGUCAAUGUCAAGGUGAUACUCACUUAACAUUUUCGGCCCAAACCACUUAGUAUGCACAGUUUUUUUUUUCUGCUGCAGAUGGUAUAUUAAUGCCAUCCAAAUAAAUUAGCCUCUCGCUACA